CUAAAGCCACUAACUAACUAAGCACCCAAGAAGGAGCGACAUCCCAAGAGGAGAGAGCGAUUCAGCGAAAGCCAGUGCCAGGUGAUUAGUGAUGGCCGGGCCGCAAGUGCAGCACAGUCAGCGACCGAACAGCGCCUACUACACGGGUCUCAAUGGCAGCAGCAGUGGCGGGGCCUCUGGUGGCGCCUCCGCCGCCGGUAUGGCCACCAGCGCCUCUCACACCGGACUCCAUGCCCUGCGGCAGGUGAGCAACGAAACGGAGCUCAUCUAUCGAGGCAGUCAUAGCAAUGGAACGGUCAAUGAGCUGCCCUCCACCGCCCACCACCUGCUCACAGGACGACUGCCCCAGCAGAAGCCGCAACAGCAGCAGCAGACGCAGCUGCCACAGCGGCAACAAGUGAGCAGUAUAGCUGGCACCGGAUCCAGUGCCACAGAUGCCCUGAUCAAUACCAUAACCACGGGAGGAGGAGGAGGUGGCGGGGCAGGCACUAGCACCGGUAGCACCGCGUUGGCCCUCAAAAAGUCCAACACACAGCGCAGCAUCGAAAUCAUUGUGGAUGCCAGCCAGUGUGGCAAGGAGCUGGCCACCACCAACAAUGCCGGAGGCAGUGCCACCGCCCUGGACGGUGACGAUGUGGAACAGGGCGGCGGCGGACAGGAGUCCUCGUCCUCGCACAGGAAGUCCUCGAGGCAUCGCCAUCGACCCCUGCACCGCCGCCUGCUGAGCUACCUGAGGAAUCUCUUCCAGGGCAGCACCACCCAGAAUGAUUCGGAACUAGAGGAGUUUGAAACACCGGCCAGGUACAGGCCCGACUCGCUAAGUGCCCUCAGUCGGGCCACCCGAUUCACGGAGGACGAGAUCAAACGAAUUUAUAGGGGAUUCAAGGCCGAGUGCCCCACUGGCGUCGUCAAGGAGGAUACCUUCAAAGUGAUCUACUCUCAGUUCUUCCCACAGGGAGCCAAUCCAACCCUAUACGCACACUAUGUAUUUAAUACACUGGAUCAGGAUCACAGCGGCAUUGUCAGCUUCGAGGACUUUGUCCAAGGACUCUCGAUACUUUCGCGCGGCUCCGUGGAGGAGAAGCUGCGCUGGACCUUCUCGCUGUACGACAUCAACGGCGAUGGCUUCAUUACGAGGGAGGAAAUGACUGACAUUGUGACUGCCAUAUACGAGCUGAUGGGCCGCCUGCCCGACGAGUGCCCCGAGGAGGAGAAGAUCAAGGGCAAGGUGGAGCAGAUCUUCCAGAAAAUGGACAUCAAUCGGGAUGGCGUGGUGACACUGGAGGAGUUCCUGGAGGCCUGUCGCAACGAUGACGCCAUUUCCGGGUCAAUGUCCUACACGGUGCGCCGCCGACGACGCAGUCGCAGUCAGCAGAGCUCCCAGAAUCCACGACAGGAUCAUCAUCUCAAGGAUCCAGAAAAACGUAAGUCCAACCACAAGACGAAGAACAAGCAACAACAACAGCAACAAAAACAACAACAGCAACAGCAACAAGUUAGAAAAGCCCGAUGCUGCCACAUGACUCUGGAAAUGGACGGGGAUGAGAGCACCACCACUGGCACAACCACAACAACCACCACAACCAGCACCACCAGCGGCACCUCGGCGGCCACCGGAACCACCGGAAUACUCGACUGUAAGCUGCUCAACAAGCGGAGUAAUCUCUACAAAGGAUACAAGGACGAGUACGACGAUGAUGAGGAGGGGGAUGAGGAAGAGGACGAUGAUGAGGAUGAAGACGAGGAGGAGUACUUUGUGUGCCGUCAUUGCCGACGAAGUCAACAGUAUCGCUCCACAAAGAGGUCACAGAGCAAGUCAAACACACGGCGGCAGCGCAGCAAGAGCAAGAAGAGGAACACCAGCAGCCAAAGGGUUAAGCCACAACAACAACAACAUCAGCUGCAGCAGCAACAACAGCAGAGGCAGCCACACCAACAACAUGGCCAUCAAAGGUGGCCGGAAAUAAAUGCUGCCAAUGAGCAGGCCAUACGCUUCCGGUGUCCGCAGGUGGGGCCGCAGGUGGGUCGUGACCUUCACACGCCCCAGCCCAUGCACUUCCAUCAUCCCUUGCAGUCGCAGUCGCAGACGCAGACGCAGUCGCAGUUCCAGGAGAAGAUCAAAGCCAAAACCAGAAGCAAAACCAAAAGGAGAGGGGGUGGGGCUGCUGCAGGCGGGGGUGGCCACAAGUCCAAGGCAGUAGCACCACCACCACCACCACCCCAACCACUACCAUCAGUAGCGCCCACAUCACUGCCCCCCCUAGCAUCCAACGAGCAUGCACCCCCCCUGGCGCCACUCACCGUGAACGUGAUGGAGCCGGAGGCGCCCCAGGCGGAGGCGGAGACGGGGGCGGAGCAGCCACUGCCCACCACUCCGGACUCGCCGUCGCUGGUGACAGUCAGCACCUGGUAUACGGUUGCCAAGCAGGGUGUCUCCUGCUAAUCACCCACCCCCCUAAAGCCCCCCCCCCACCCUCCGGAGGCAGUGAGUAUCCUAGCACCGACUUGCCACCCACACUCCACCACCCUCCACCUCCAGUCCAGGGCGAACUGGUUCUCCGAUGUACCGCAAUUGUUGUUGUCCUUCCAUUAUCCUUUCGAUAUAUAUAUGUACAUGUAUUCUAUACCUAUUUCAACUACAUGCUCGUCUAUAUGUGUGUGUUCCAGGGUGGAUCUCUAAAGUGGAGUGAGUCCAAGGAUCAAAAAUCAUCAAAAUUGUUUUUUUUUUUUUAAUAAUGACUAGAAAAUAAAAUUAAAUCUUUAUAAAAGCUAUAAUCAGACCACAAAGCAGAGUAAUUGGAAAAUAAUAGAAACCAAUAUCGGAGAUCGGAGAUCCACCCUAUAGUGUGUGUCUGUGCUUCUCGUGGACCUCUCGUAGGUCUACUUCCCCUUUGGAAAUCAUCUCUAUUAUUUGUAACUCUAGACAAGUGUAGAAACAAGAGUUUAAGGUUAAACUUUAAAGCGUAAUGCGUUCUUUGUGUGUAUAUCGAUCGAUGUUGCAAUCUGUCAAAUGUGUUAUAGUCUUAAAUGAAAUAUAUAAAAUAUAAAAUCUAAAUCUAAAUAGAAACUGUAAGAAGGCGAGCAAGGCGAUAAACUGAACCAACAAAAAAAAUAUAUCAAAGAUCCACAUAAACCCUUUUUUUUUUUCUUUACAAACUUUUGAAAGGAGUAUGUGGCCCAAAAGAGAACUCUUCGUAGAAACGUUGUUACAUGUCCUAGAGUUAAAUAUAUUAAUUGACGUUAGCUGUGAUGGAAAAAACCAAGUAUAUUACCUAAAAACCUUGAAUAAUAUUAAAUGUUGAAAGCAAACACAAACACCUUGGGUAAAAUAUAUUUAAUUAUUUGUGUGCUCAAAAAAAAAAAACCUAACUAACUUUAACCCAAAACUUUGUGAAAUGUGUGUGUUGUAUGAUAGUGUGUGUGUGUGUUUUUUGGGCAAGAAUAUAUACUAUAAAGAAUAUUGUAUAUCAUAACUGGGGGUUUAAUUUGAAUAUCGAAAUAUUAUUGCACAAAAAAACAAACACUCUUGUUAUUGAAAUGCAAAUUGAAUGGAAGUUUCGCCCAGAAAAUAAAAGGCCACAUUUUUUCUCCUAAUUGAUGAUGCUAAGUUAUUGGAUGAAUUUAAUUGGAUGCUUUAGGGCUGAGAAUUCCUAAAGUUGGUUAAAGUUUGCUGGGCGUUAACUUUUUUGGCCAACUGUUAUUGCUUGAUAUGCUUUUGUUGUUGUUUUCAUUAUGCCACAUUGGACACAAACCAAGGAAGGACAUACAGACACACUACACACACACUCAGACACUCAAAGAAAACAAACAAGGAUACGCAUACGCAUGGGAAUUGAAAUUGGUGAAUGGCAAUUAAAAUAUCUGCUUUCUUUCUCUUUCCAUCUCUUUUUCUCUGUCUCUUCCUUCUCUUUCUCUUUUUCUCUUUUUUGUCUCUUUUUGUCUUUGUCUCUAUCUCUGUUUCUUGAUGGCUGGCCCAAACACACACACACACUAUUCACACAUACUGACAUACCGCUUGCAUAAACACCCACUAUUGUAUGCAGAAAUUUGCAUAGAAACGAAAUGAAAUGCGUAACGAGAACCACAACGCGAAUCUGCCAAAAAAUACAACAAAAACAAAUACAAAACAAAAAAAAAGGAUAUAUGUAUGAAAAAAAAAGAGAGAAAAAAUCUAGGUGCCGAAUGUCCAUAAAUAUCCAAUUAUGGGCCUGGUUUGUGGAUCUGCAUCCAUUUUGAAAAAAAACAUACUCCAUUUUGAUUGGGUUGCACUUAGAGGGUUAAAUGCUAAGAGGCUGCUAAGAGAGCGUCCCACGUAAGUAAACCGGAAGCUGCACUGCUUGUCAAGAUGGCAUACCAGCGCAAGCAGUGCAGUGUUCGAAAACCAAGAAAAUGAACAUGUAUGCUUAUUACAUACGAAACGAAAGCUUUACACAAUGAAAACUAAAACUUAACUCUUAAAGAUUUAACGAAACGAACCGAAAAUUAUAGACAAAUUAUAAUUAGCAAAGAAAACUAUAUUUAUACGAUGGAAGGCAACCCUAGAGUCCCCUAGAGGCAGCGCAGGAUCUGACCAGUUGAGAAGGAAAUUAAUGUUAUACAAGCUAGAGGAAUAGGUACAUAUAUGUAUGUAUGUAUGGCACACACCCCGCAUAUGUAUAGCAAUUUGUAGGUAAAUGUGAAAUGUGAAAUUUUGUGGUGUCUAAAUCAAAAUAAUGAAACAAAUACGACUCUGGCGUAGAGGCACACUCUGCGUAUGCGUAAUGUUGAAUGUAUUAUUUAUAAUUUUUGUUGUUGUUCUUGCCGCACAACAGUCUCCAUUAGCAAAUUAGUUGCAACUCAAACUGAAACUAAUGAUGGUGGCAAGAUGAAAUGUCAUCAAGUCGGCCCUGUCGGCUAUAUAUACAUAUAUAUACAAACGAUAUCUGCAUGAAUGUUAAGUGUAGGGGGAGAGUGUGUAUGCGGGGAAAGCUGAAGAAAAUCAAAUGAAAAUUGGACCACAGCAGCAACAACAACGGGCAGAA